GUAAUGUCUAGAUUCGCCAGAUUUUUAAACUCCGAGGCCGGUCCUAAGACCAUCCAUUUCUGGGCCCCUGUGUGCAAGUGGUCGUUGGUCAUUGCGGGUGCCAAUGACAUUCAGAGACCGGUUGAGAAAAUCUCUGGGACUCAGCAGAUUGCGUUGUUUGCCACCGGUGCCAUCUGGACCAGAUGGUGCUUGAUCAUUAAGCCAAAGAACAUCCUCUUGGCCUCCGUUAACUUCUUCCUCGGGUGUGUUGCCGGCUACCAGGUGACCAGAAUCUUCAGAUACAGAUUGAAUGAAGGUGACUCCGCCUCUGGUGCCGUCUCCUACAUCCUCAGUGGUAAGAACGCCUCCAGCCUUGCCGAGGAGCAGCUCGAACCGGUCCAAGCCAAAGAACUUUAAGACGUCAUCGCUCGUGUGCUGGAGCACGUGCCAACAUGCUAUUUAUGAUUUAAUUGAGAAAACUCACCUAUCGUCUUUUGGAUGUAGUGCUGUUUGAGCUAUGGAGAUAUGCCCACUGUAUGACUCACGUGUUACGACUUUACCGGGGAAAUCAGUCAAGUUACGCGAGAUUCUUUGCCACCAACCUUGCAAGCGAUAGAGCAUAUGAGGCUACGUUUUCAGGAGACUCAAGUGAGUUUUGCGCAUGAUUUAGUUAAAUUUUUCCUUGUUUUAAAGGCAACAUGGGUGAUUAAAACUGCGAAUGCUGAUCAGUGUAGGCUCCGUUUUAGCUAAGUGUAAAAACGUCCAAUUAUUCAUCUUCGCCGAACCAGAGAGUGAGAAAUUCUUUCAUCUGCUCCUACUUGUGAC